UUCCGAAGGUUCGUCGGACCGUCGGACAAGUCCGGUAAAAAUAGACUCGGUCCGGUAAAAGUUAGAAUCGUGACGGACCAAAUGUCCGGUAAUGUAGAGGCAAUGAAAACUGGGAGAAUAAUGAUAAAUGAAUAAAAUAAAAUUGAAAUUCAAAACAUGUUCAUCUUUUCCAUGGAUUCCUAAAAUGGUUUUCAAAAAGUGUCGUUGUUAUCGUACUCCAACACGGGAUCGUCGCUUCUAAAUAUAUCGGGUUCGACAUUUACAUACAGUAUUUUAGUUCCGGUAUAAACCGUGAAAUGUUGGGACUGAAAUUUGUUGAGGGUGCUAUACCAGGAAAAAAACUAAAGCUUAGCAAUCCCGAUUCAACGAAAAACAACAAGAAUUACGAGGCGAAAAGACCUCCACGAAAAUUUAACCCAAAAUGGAAGGAGGGGCGAUCAUGGCUGACUUACAACGACGAGAAAAGUGCAAUGACUUGUUCAGUGUGUGUCGAGCGUUAUGCUUCAAAGUCAGGUUCCAAUCGUACCCCAACUGGAAUAAGCUCAAACUUAAAAGGUCAGAACACCUUUUUAGACGGAUGCACAAAUUUCAGAGUGACUGCUGUGGUCGACCACGAGUCCAGCGUUGCUCAUAAAAAGGCCAUAGAAUUUCAAAAUGCGUCUGCUAAGACAGGGUCGGAUAUUUUGACCAACACUUCUGCCGGCAAAGCUUUACAGUCGUUAAGAAAAGCUGAAAAAGACAGACUUGUUUUUUUAUUUCGAAAUGCUCAUGCUGUUAUGAAGCACAAUCGGCCAAUGCGUGACUACACAUGGUUGUGUUCAUUGGAUCAAGUUAAAGGUAUUGAUCUAGGCGGCACAUAUAUCAACGACAAAGCUGCCAUUGAAUUUGUGAAGUCAAUAGCUGCUACCGAGAGAGACAACACUGUAGAUUUUCUCAGCAAAGUCAACUUUUUCUCUAUCAUGAUGGACGGAUCAACUGACAUCAGUGGUGAUGAACAGGAGGCACUUUAUUUGCGGUUCUCCUUGCAUGGAAAAGUCACAGAGAGAUUCCUAGCAAUUGGAACACCAAAUAGCACCUGUGCAGUUGACUUGGAAUCCUUUUUGAUGAAGGUGUUUACUGAUUGCAGGAUUGAUAAAGCAAAACUGGUUGGAAUGGGGAGUGAUGGGGCCUCAAACAUGGUGGGGAAAAAAGGAGGACUCUCUGCUCUGUUGAAAAACAACAUUAACGAUGAACUUGUUAAUGUCCAUUGCUUUGCGCAUAGACUUGAACUGGCGUUCAGGGAUGUACUCAAAAAAAGCAAACUGUACGAUAGACUUAUGACGUUACUGAUAGGUCUGUACUAUUUUUACACAAAACAGUACAAAAACAAGCGGGGGCUACUUGAUGCUAUCAGAGCUUUAAAUGUGAAGGGUGUGGUGCCUACAAAGGUGACCGGAACACGUUGGCUAGCCCAUUUGUUCCGUGGGAUGAACAACAUGAUGCGUACUUUCCAAGCAUAUGAGGCACAUCUCUGUAGCCUGAGCCACAAGAAUCCUAAAGCAGAGGGCCUGGCAAAGAUCUUGUUGAGGAAAGACCUUGUGUGCUUUGUUCUUUUUCUCCAGGAAGCUUUAGAACCUCUCAUGAGACUGUCGCUUAAACUGCAAAAAACAGAAUCCACUGUGGCUGAUAGUGUUAUUUGGGCAGAAUCCACCAUAGAGUUGUUGGAAGAGUUCAAGACCAGUCUUUGCUGAAACAGAAAUAAUGACCAUUGCCAACCAUUACAGCAAAACUCUUCUAAGAGCCAUACCAGAUUUUUCUGUUCAGGAGACCAUGAAUGAGCUCAGGCUUUUCAAGAAAAUUCUCUACAGAAAACAUGGAAGUAAAGUUCAGGAAUUGAAAUGGUGUGAUGCUCAUGAUCCUGAGUUUCCAAUGCUGAUGGCCGUGAUUGAGCUUCUAGGAUGCAUUCCCCCUACAAGCGUCAGCUGUGAGACUACUUUUUCUCACAUGAAACUUGUUAAGACAAGUAGACGAACACGCCUUCAAACCUCUACCCUCAACGAUAUUCUCAUGGUCAAACUUCAAAGUCCACGAGUUACAGAAUUUGACCCUACGUCAUCUAUUGACAAAUGGCUGUUGCUUCACAUUUUCUACCACAGUCCUUAGCUCUGAAGCCACGUCUGCCAAACUACCAGAGGGCAAAGAAAGCUGGUCAGUCCACCAAUGUGAUUGAUGUGGGAUCCUCCAUUGACAUCACUGAACUUCAAGAUUUGUCAGAAAACACAGACAUAAAUAACAUUCCUGAGAGCAUGGACAAAGACACAACUGAUUCUGAAGCUGAUGAAUUUCAAGGUAUGUAUAGUAAUUUCGCAUAUAAUUUUAUGAUUUUUGACAAUAUUCAUAAGUAUCACAAGUCAAAUUUAAUAACAAC